AAGCUUUUGCACAUUUUUAAUACUUUCAUUCGUUCAUUCCAGCACAAAGAAAAACAAAAAAGAAAAAAAGAAGAAGAAGAAGAAGAAAACCGACCAGACCACACAUUUUCCUUUGUCGCAAGUUCCCUAUGUCGAGUUCCCCCCGUUGUCCUCCCUUUUCCCCCGAAACAAAAACCCCUUUUAUAUUUACAAACUUUUUUUUUUUCACCGCUUGCGGUUAACGAACACGUACGAACCCAUGCAACGACCAAAUACUACUUGGAUACCCCUUCUUGUUUCAUGCAUUUUGCAUUUUUCACUACGACGCUGCCGGUGUUUAGGGCCGGCGCCCCCCUGUUUACUUCACUUCACAUUGACGGGGAAAGGGGACACACACACACACACAUGGACACAAACAUACAGACAGGGACUUGCGCGCGGAAUGGUCUUCUCUUCCUUCUUCUUCUUCUUCUUCUUCUUGGCGUUUUUCUUUUUUUGCUGGCUGGACUUUUUCUGGGCACUUGUGCCCAUUAAUCCUGUUCACUCUUUCGAUUGCCGGUCCAUUGUGGCGGCAAACUCUGGCGCCUCUGCCGUGAGAUUUGAUACCCAACGAUUUUUCUUCUUCUUUUGAUGGUGCUUUUUGACUUGUUGGGGAGAGCAAGUUUUUGUCUUGGAUACACGUUGUUGAUGAGUAUGGAAUGAAUAUGAUUUAUUACCCAGAGAAGAGCGAUAAUGGGGAUACCCAAGAGGCUGGCGGGCGGACGGAGAGAGGAAAGGGGAUUCUUCAAAGCUUGAAGGAGGAGUAGCUUUUUGGAGAAGCAGAGGGAGGAUUUAUGACAAAGGAGGAGUGUAGCAGGAUAUAUUUACGCGCGCACGCAUGGUUUACUGGCGAUUGGCGAAAAAGAACAGGCUUGCUUGCUGAGUUGAUAUACCCCCUCCCCCGAAUCUGAAUCUUUCUUCCCCCUC